UCUCUCAAAGUUCUACGUAAAAAACAGCCGUUAGGCGCGUGCCAUAUCCAAGCAAGUUCAAAGAGAGCCAAUCUAGGUGUUAACAUGUACAGAAAUACAAGGUACCCCAUGAACCAGCCCAUGGUCCACUCUGGAAUGGGCAUGGCUCCCUUCUUCAAGGUGACUGUGUUUGAGCAGGAGCAUUUCCAGGGCAAGUGCCAGGAGUUCACCUCCGAGUGCUGCAACAUCCAGGAGUGCGGCCUGGACAACAUCCGUUCCAUCAGGGUGGAGAGCGGAGCCUGGGUGGGCUUUGAGCACCACGACUUCCAGGGCCAGCAGUUCAUCCUGGAGAGGGGAGAGUACCCCCACUGGGACUCGUACAGCGGCUCCCUGUCCUACCACGUGGAGCGCCUCAUGUCGCUGCGCCCCAUCUACUGCGCUUCCCACCAGAGCAGCCGCAUGAUGAUCUUCGAGAAGGAGAACUUCCUGGGCCGCAGCGUGGAGAUGUGUGACGACUACCCCUCCCUGCAGGCCAUGGGCUGGAUGAAGCCCGAGGUGGGCUCCAUGCACGUGCAGUGUGGCGCCUUCGUGUGCUACCAGUUCCCCGGCUACAGGGGCCAGCAGUACAUCAUGGAGUGCGAGAGGCACAGCGGAGACUACCAGAACUGGAAGAACUGGGGCUCCCACUGCCAGACCCCCCAGAUCCAGUCCAUCAGGCGUAUCCAGCACUAAGAGGAGGCCCGGCUCUGCCAGAGGCGCUGGGAAUGGAACCCGCCACCUCCGAUGCAACAUCUGAUCCGGAAGUAAAACGAGAGACAAUAAUCGCACAGUUUGAAGCACAAGAGACUCACACACACACACAAAACCUCACUCCCUCAAACAAACAAACACACACACACACACACACACACUGAGACGCACUGACGACCUUUCCUGUUAGCACGGUGGUCUUAUCUUUAGGUUGCUGCUGACGCACACAGGGACAGACCACGCACACCACCGCACGCUCAACACACCUGCGCUGACACACACCUGCGCCGCGCUCCUGGGGCCAGUACCCUGUUGGUCCCGGCCCCACUUGGGGGGAGGGUGGGGAGAGAACCACACCCCCCCCUCUGAAGAGAGCUGGAAGCCAAGCAGAGAGGUGGGGGGAGCAGAGGGUGGUUCCAGAGUCUAACUGCUAGGUCUGAAGGUUGGUUUCCCAGGGUGCACCUGGGUGUCUUCAGAGCGGCUGGACUCGGGGGCCGCUGUGCAGUGCAGCUCAGAUGUGUUCUGCUGUUGUGUGGUAUCAAGGUCCUUCCUCAUGGUCUAUGAUCAAUAAA